AUGGGGAACGUGUACUCUUACUACACACAGACGUUCCCUCCGAAGGCCGAGUGGACGCCUGAAGACAUUCCUGAUCUCUCUGGCAAGGUCAUCAUUGUCACAGGUGGCAACUCGGGCGUUGGAAGGGAGACCUGUAAGGCUCUGCUGGCGCAUAACGCCAAAGUAUACCUCGCCGCGCGAAGCCCAGAUCGCGCGCAAAGAGCUAUAGAGCAUCUAAAAGAGCAGACCGGGAAGGAGGCCAUCUUCCUCAAGCUUGACCUCAGUGACCUCAAACAAGUACGGCAAGCGGCCUCUGACUUUCUCGCGAAGGAGGAUACCUUGAAUGUAUUGUUCUGCAACGCAGGUGUGAUGGGAACUCCCGCCGACAAGCUUACAGAGCAAGGAUACGACAUGCAACUCGGUACAAACGUCCUCGGACACUACCUGUUUACAACGCUCCUUCUUCCCGCUCUCCGUAAUGCAUCCUCCACCGGUACAAAAGCGCGCGUCGUCAGCACCACGAGCCUUGCAAGCGGUCUCACGAGCACUGUGCACUUUGAUUGGUUCACCGACAGCGAUGGGCGUCGCAAGCAGGCUCCAAUGACACUGUACAAUGAUUCCAAGUUCGGCAAUCUGGUGUUCGCGAGAGAGUUGGCGAGGAGACAUGGGGAUGUACUCGUCAGCACAGCUUGUAACCCAGGUACACUCAAGACGGAGCUGGGCCGGCACUCGGGUGCCAUGGAGGCCUUCAUGCUCUCUCUUCUGCAAUACCCGGCGCACAUGGGCGCUUACACUCAGCUCUGGGCCGGUACAUCUUCCGAAGGCGCCGAUCUAAACGGCAAGUACUUGAUUCCGUGGGCCCGCGUUGGUACACCCAACCCUGCCGCGGUGGAGCCUGAGAUCGGCAAGAAGCUGUGGGAAUAUCUGGAGGCAGAGUGCGCUAAACACGCCUGA